AUGCAAAAAUCCUAACUUAAAUAUGCUAAAACACCGUAAUAUCUAAGGAGAAGCUCAUUGAAUUCGUAAAAUUCAUCGAGUCCUAAAAAGAUAGCAAAUUAAACCCAAGACCAGAUGACUGGUAGCCAACUACAGUUAGAAAUGUCGAAAUCCUAAUAAUAAUCAUUUCAUAGUUCUAGUAGUCCCGUCGGUCAUUGUUAGUCAGUUAGCUCUAAAACAUUUCAGCAUCCUCCCUCCCCAACUAGAACUUUGUAAAAGAGACCCUCUUAAAUCAUAUCGAAAUAACAACUUCAAUCUAUGCAUGAACGAUCGAUCAUUAAAAUGUUAGGAUUGAAUUUGGAAGCUAUUUGCACCAAAAGUUCUCAUGAGAAGAAUAAGAUGGUCUUCAUUUGUCAAUAUCCAAAUUGUGAGGCAGAUAAUAGGUUAGGUUGCUCUUAUUGUUAAAUUGAAUAACAUGGUAAUCAUGCAUCUCAAAAUAUGGAGAUCUAAACAUUUUGCAAAAUAUUCGAUGACAGAAGACAUUAAUUUGACAACCUUUGCAAUUAAAUUAUGAGAGUUCCUGAUAAAAUUACUUAAGUAAGAACAUUUUUUGCAAAAUUGAGAAUAACUGUCUAAGAAAGAUUAUAGUAAAUAGAAGAAAAUGUAAUUAAAUCAAUUGAUGAAGCAUUAUCAUGGUAACCUUUAGAAAGAGAUCUUCAAAAUAGAGUAAACUACUUAAGCAACAAAAAUAUAUUUGAUAUGACCUAAGAAGAACUCAAAGAAAGUUUAAGUUUCAUAUAAGGUAAACAUCUAUCUGAAGUUGAAUACAUUAUUGAUGAAACUGAAAAGUAUCUGACAACAAAAGUUGAUUAAGUUCAAUAAUCUUGGAAUGAUUUCAGAGAACAAUUAUAAUUUGAAUUAAGCACUGCUUUAGGAGACAAUAACAAAAUCUAAAUUAUUGAUUCAAAAUAAAGGAAAGAAUAUGCUUAACAAAAACUCUAGAUUUUAGCAUAAAAACAGGAAAAGUAUCUCGAACAAUUUCGACCCUUUUAAAUAAUAAUGAAUGAAGUUUAAGAGGAAGAAAAAAAGGUUGAAGUUCAAAAAUAAGAGGAAGUCAAAAGAUAGUCACAAAUUUAAAAAUAACAAUUAAUUCAAAAGAAAAAAGAGUAACAGUAAAGGGAACUUGAAUAAAUUAAAGUAAAGGAAGAGCAAAAGAAGAAUGAAAAACAAUUUGAAAGAGAGAAACAGUUAAGAACAUUUCCACAUAUUCUAUACACUUAAGAUUGUCCUCACAGAUUACCUUGCAAUACCAUUCCAAUUUUCUCUUGUUGUAACAAAGCUUAUCCUUGCACACAAUGUCAUGGUUAUCAAUUUCACCCACCUAGAAUCUCAAACCCAAGUUAUAGAUAUUGUAUGAAUUGCUUAGAAAUCUACUUAGUACUUUUUCCUACAAAUCAAUCAGUCAAUUGUCUCAAGUGUCAAAUUAAAUAAUCUUGA